AUGGGGAACCUGUUAAAAGUGCUCACUUGCACCGAGCUCGAUCAGGGGCCAAACUUUUUCCUUGACUUUGAACAUGCCCAGCCCACAGGAGCAGAGCGGGACGUAUGGGACCAGGUGGACUCUGUGCUGCAGGAGUCCGAGAGCAUCCUGUCCGGCCUGCAGUCUUACAAAGGAGCUGGACAGGAGAUAAGAGAUGCCAUUCAAAACCCCAGCGACCUCAUGCACCAGGAGCGGGCCUGGAACUCUGUGUGUCCGCUCGUCAUCAAACUCAAGACCUUCUACUGUUUCUCCUUACGACUGGAGAAGGCACUGUACAGCCUGCUGACCUGCCUCACGUGUCCGCCCUACACGCCCACACAGCACCUGGAGAAGGAGCAGGCUCUGGCCAAACAGUUCGCAGAGAUCCUCCACUUUACGCUCAGAUUCGAUGAACUCAAAAUGAGAAUUCCCGCCAUCCAGAACGACUUCAGUUAUUACAGAAGAACAAUCAGUCGAAACAGGAUAAAUAACAUGAAUCUGGACAUUGAAAAUGAAGUGAACAAUGAGAUGGCCAAUCGGAUGUCUCUGUUCUACGCCGAGGCCACGCCCAUGCUCAAAACACUCAGCAACGCCACCACCAACUUCGUCACAGUGAACAAGACUCUUCCUCUGGAGAACACGACGGACUGUCUCAGCACGAUGGCCAGUGUGUGUAAAGUCAUGCUGGAGACGCCCGAAUACUCGUCGCGGUUCAGCAGUGAAGACACGCUCCUGUUCUGUAUGAGGGUCAUGGUGGGAGUCAUCAUCCUCUACGACCACGUCCAUCCCAACGGAGCCUUCAACAAGCUCUCCAAGAUCGACAUGAAAGGCUGUAUAAAAGUCCUGAAGGAGCAGCCCAUAGACAACGUAGAAGGCCUCCUCAAUGCCCUCAAAUUCACCACGAAACACCUGAACGACGAGUCCACUCCCAAAAACAUCCGGGCCAUGCUCCAAUAG